GACAUGGGCUGGACAAUGAGCCCGCGGCCGCUGGACUGAUUUCGGUCGCUGGCAGCGCAGGCCAGGCCAGGCGGUCGGGGCCCUGUCGCCGCCUCGGCACCGCCGCUCGCCUUGGGCGGCACUUUGCCCUCGGUCCCUGGGGCGGCUCUGGCCACGCCCCCAGGGGAGGAGUCGAGUCGGGGGCGGGGAGGCCGCCUGGCUCCUCGGCGGUCCGCGGCGGCGGCGGCGGCGGCGGCGGCGACGACAUGGAGAGCGGGGCGUACGGCGCUCCCAGGGCGGGCGGCUCCUUCGACCUGCGACGCUUCCUGACGCAGCCGCAGGUGGUGGUGCGCGCCGUGUGCUUGGUCUUUGCCUUGAUCGUGUUCUCAUGCAUCUUCGGCGAGGGCUACAGCAACGCCCAUGAUUCCCAGCAGCAGUACUGCGUGUUCAACCGCAACGAGGACGCCUGCCGCUACGGCAGUGCCAUCGGGGUGCUGGCCUUCCUGGCCUCGGCCUUCUUCUUCGUGGUCGACAUCUACUUCCCCCAGAUCAGCAAUGCCACUGACCGCAAGUACCUGGUCAUCGGUGACCUGCUUUUCUCAGUGCUUGCUGGCCUUCCUGGCCUACCAGCGCUACAAGGCUGGAGUGGACGAAUUCAUCCAGAACUACGUGGACCCCACUCCGGACCCGAGCACGGCCUACGCCUCCUACCCAGGUGUGCCUGCGGACACCUACCAGCAGCCGCCCUUCACCCAGAACGCCGAGAGCACCGAGGGCUACCAGCCACCCCCUGUGUACUGAGCUGCAGCCAGAUGGUAUGGGGAGGGAGGAGGGUGCCUGGGGGCCUCCCCUCUUCCCCGGCUCCUCCCCCAAGGCUUGGCUCCUAGGGCCGCUGGCCCCUCUCGAUGUACCUGGCGGCUGUCCGAACUGACACAGGGCCUGGAGAGAGAGCCCUGAAGUGCCUGUGCCCCAAGGGCUUCACCCACCACUCCUCGAGGGCAUUUUUUAGGAAAGGGUUUUUGUUGCUUUUAAUGACCGGCAUCCCCACCGGGAAUAGCUCCAGGCGCCCAAUAUGCUGUUUUGACAAGUGCCUUAGCUUCUCCCCAGCCCAGGAGCCGGGCCCACGUCCAGGCGCUGGUGGCUGCAGCCAUUUGGGGUUCUCUGCCAAAGACAAGGCUGCGGGGCCUUCUCCUUGCUCCUGCUGCAGGCACUGGGCCGGGGCUCCUUCCCUCCUCACUCAGGUUUGUUCCGCCUCAGCCCCCUGCCUGCUCUUCGGGCGGCCAGCCAUGCUCACUGCUGAAGUGUCUGCUCGCUUGGACCUGUGGUCACACUCUGUGCCAGUGCCUCUGGGUCACCUUCCUGGCAGCCGAGGGGCAGGGCUGGUGCCCACCCCUGGGGGACCCUGUCUCUGAUCCCGCCCUGUGGCUGCAGGGAGGGGCUUUGCCUGACAACACCCAGCUUUAUGUAAAUAUCCCAGGUCUGUCAGGAGGUGUGGGAUGCACCCACAGCCCCCAAGCUGCUCUGAAUGUAUAUUACAAAGCCUUGGGGGAAGGACACACAGCACCCUUGGAUUCUGUUAGACUAAUUCUGAAAUGGAAUAAAUGGUUUUCUCAUUCAUAA